AUACAGGGUUAACUACACGUUGUCGAAAACCAUUUUCAUGUCUACAUGGCAGGAGAAAACACAGAAAAAUGGAUGAUAUUUGGACGCUUAUAUUAUUGUCUACGGCAAUGCUGGUUGGCUGUUACUUGGCCGGAAUUAUACCACUAGCAAUAAAUUUGUCAGAGGACAAAUUAAAGCUGGUCACAGUACUAGGAGCGGGUCUUCUUGUUGGCACAGCUUUGGCAGUUAUUAUACCAGAAGGAAUCCAUGCUAUGUCAAUAGCCACUGCACAAGAACACCAAGAGCACGUUAAACAUGAGGCCAAAGAAAAAGAACACGCACAUGAAGGUACAGAGGCUGCACAUGAGCAUGAGCAUGAACACAGUAUGAUAGAUGACCAUUCUCUGAUAGGGAUAACGCUGGUGUCUGGGUUUAUAUUUAUGUUACUGGUUGACCAGAUUGGAGGAGGCGGACAUAUACAUGCCCCUGCAGACACAGAUUUACCUACAAAUAAUUCUGCCCAAAACAGACAUAAAAUAACAGCAACAUUAGGACUUGUAGUUCACGCAGCGGCUGAUGGUAUUGCUAUGGGUGCUGCUGUAUCUAUGUCAACUGCUCAUCUAACACUUAUAGUGUUUGUAGCUAUCAUGUUACAUAAGGCGCCAGCAGCCUUUGGUCUCGUAUCAUUUUUACUUCAUGAAGGAUUUGAUAGAACUAGAAUAAGAAGACAUUUAUUUAUAUUUGCUGCAGCAGCACCAGUAGGAGCUAUAUUAACAUAUAUGUGUUUAAAUCAGAAAAGUAUGGAGACAUUAAAUGACACUCACACAACUGGAAUAGCAAUGUUGUUUAGUGCGGGGACAUUUUUAUACGUGGCCACGGUGCACGUGCUGCCAGAGAUUGCCAGCCGUCAGACAAGACAGACUUUACAAGAUGGGACAGUGGUUAUACACGAGCAUAAAGGCUUUGCUAAGCUGGACUUAGUUGCUCUAGUUUUUGGUGCAGUUGUACCCGUUAUAUUAAGCAUUGGACAUAAGCACUAGUGUAGGAUACAUGUAUAGUUAGAUAUAGACAAAAGCCUUGUUAAAUGAAUUGUUUGAUUCCAAAAUGUUUAGUGAGAAAUUUUUAGUUGUUGGUAUUUUGAGGUAUUUUUUGGAGACAGAAGGAUUUUUUGGAGGAUUGAAGAAUUUUAGUGUCUGAAGGAUUUCAGAAGCUUGACGGGACCCAUUUUCACAAAUGUGCUGAAGAGUUGUUUUAGAUUUCAUGAAAAUGCUUCAUAAUUCAUUUAUGUUUUAACCAUAUUAUAAAGGUUGCAAAGCUCAAUUUUGAUUUUUAGAGGUUUGUAUCUUUCAGUAUUUAAAAGAACAUCCUUGUAGCUUUGAGAAAAAAAUGCUUAAAGCAACAUUUCAUCGUUAGAUAAAUUAUUAGAAACUAGCAGUCCAUCAUAUAUUUUAAACGAGCAAUUGCUUGAAAUAUAUUGAAGCAUUUUAUUUUAUUGAAACUGUGAAAAUACUGACUUAAAUUGAAAUGGGGAAAGACUGUGCUAUUUUUAGCUCAUCGAAACCAAAUUAGGAUAUAUCCUUAGUUUACGCGCUCCUGGUAAACAUUCAGUAAAGCGUGAUGUGAAAGUGUAUCGGAACAGGAGGUAUUGUCGAUAGUUUAUAUAAGACUGAUAAAAAAAAUCUUAAGAAGUUUUCAAUUAUGUGCUUUUUCUCCAGUGUAAUGAAGCGUGAUUUUCAAACCAAAACUGCUCAUCAACUGGACAUAAAACAGUAUAAAUCCUGCACGAUAACUCAAACGAUAACAUGUUUGAUGAUUAUGAUUUUUCUUCAUUAAAACGUUUCAAUACAGAAAAUAUUUUUGUAUAACAUUACAGUAUGCACUUAACUUCUAUCAUUGACAACCUUUUUGAGUUCAACGAUGCAUGAGAACCAUAACAAUCAAACGAUAUUAUAAACUUGCUGUCGUUUAAAUUAUCGUGCGGGAUUAGUACCUCCAAUUAGUAACACUCAGUUAUUUUUCAGUUGUUUUGCAACUAAUCAAUCAAUUUCUCUACUUUUUUGCUUACUGUGGUAAAUAACAUAACUGGACUAGCUUAUGUUAAGUAAUACGAAAUGUCAACGCAAUUAUGAAAUGUCACUUUAAGAACAAAGAUGAAAAGAGAACCAGCUGGAGGUUAUAAAACUGAGUUGUGGGACCAGUCUCAGAACUCCAGCAUCUGAUUGGUUGAUUCUAUCACAAUUUUGAAUUUGUCCAAUAGCAAGGCUGCAUUUUUUGACUGAUCCCCCAAGCCUUGGAACUAGGACAUGAUUUUAAUAGACAGGGUAACAUAAUUUGCUUUUACCUCUUUAAAUUAAUGUGUGCUACUAAGAAUGUAUAAACACGUGAUUCAGAAUUUGUCAAAAAAAUGAAAUGUAACUUGGUUGAAAGCGUCGAGGGAUGUUAUUUCAUAGAAAUAAAAAUGGCAGAUGCAUCUCAAAUUUUGGAGCACUAUUUUUACAUAAUAACAAUGCGCUUUUUGUUAGAUUCAUCCAUUGCUUUUUUGUAGUAAUAGACAAAUAGUGUAGAAUAAGUUCUCAACUCUAGUCAGGCAAAUACACCCAAGUUUUCAAAAUUAUCUAAUGAAAAGUAAGGUAUGAUAGAUUUACAUUUGUUCUUCAGAAAAUAUUUGGCCCCCUACAUUUUCUUUAGAAGCCAGUUGAAAUUCUGCAUCAAUUUUGCAAAACACUUGCACAACUCUUGAAUAUAUACAGUAUUGAAAUACUGGAUUUCUUUUCAUGUACACUGGCUUUGACCUUGCCCAGAGCUGCUUCUUAUUUUGCUGGAAGCCUUUAAAAAAUAUUCACACAACCUUUUAUUUAGAAGUCAGUUAAAAUCCUGCAUUUGUUACACUAUUGCAUCUGCAUUUUUGAUCAUUUAGUUUCCCUGAUAUGCUGCUUUGAAAUGGUCAUUGUAUCUUUCUGUAAAAAAAAUUAAAAUGUGUAUAUUAAAAGAUAAAAAAGAUACAUAUCUAAGUGGAAACUGUUUUAUGGGUUGAUUUAUUUUAUCAAAGACAGAUAAUUUAUUUUUCAGAGGCUGAAAGUAUGAUCUGUAAUAUAUUUAUUGACAGUGUAAAGUUGCUAUUACAUGUAUAUAUUUUUGACAUGGGCAUCAUUCUUUGAGACAUGCCAAACAAGAACAGCAUUGCGGUUAUAUGAAAUAUACACUGUCACAUUUCUGAUGUCUUUGAAUUUAAGAAUUGAGCCGUGCCAUGAGAAAACCAACAUAGUGGGUUUGCGACCAGCAUGGAUCCAGACCAGCCUGCGCAUCCGCGCAGUCUGGUCAGGCUCCAUGCUGUUCGCUUUUAAGCCUAUUGGAAUUGGAAAAACUGUUAACGAACAGCAUGGAUCCUGACCAGACUGCGCGGAUGCGCAGGCUGGUCUGGAUCCAUGCUGGUCGCAAACCCACUAUGUUGGUUUUCUCAUGGCACGGCUCAAUUAAAGAAUGCAUUUAAGAAUGCAGUAUUCACAAAUAUUUUUUGGCUGAUAAAAUUAAAAUCAUAACUUUUUUGCUUUACAAAGUUUCUUUGCUAAGUUUAAUAUUUGUAAGAAAGUGGUGCAUGUGUACUAUGGUUGUACAUAUGAUUUAGCUAAUAUAUGGAUGUAAGGCUCAUGAUUUACAGAAAAUGUUUAAAGGUGCUCAAGUUACCUACAUAUUAUUAGCAUUUUUGCAAUUUCUUUACACAAACUUAGUUCAUUAAAUCUAAAGCUCAUAAUUGAAAAUUAAGACAGAUCGACAAGAUGUUUUCUAGGAAUUCUAUAAAUUAAGGUUCUAGGAUAUUCAAUUAGCAGAUAAGGCACUCCAGUGCCAUAGUGCCUUAAUGGUUUAAGGAUAAUUGGCUAAUCUGCCAAAGAUAGGACAUCUUGAUAACAAAUAUUUUCUUACCAUUUUGGUGUUUUUGUUUGGCACUGGCUCUUACAUUUUGAGUAUGUUAGUUAUUGUAUAAGAUUGUUAUCUUAAUUUAUUGAUUGGUAUUAUAAUUUAAUUUUCACAUGUGACCAAAGGCUACAAGUGGCUUUUAAAUUUAAGUAGACAACUAAAUGAGAUAUACAAGGCACCUUGGGAUAUUUUGCCACAGUGCAAUUAUGGACUAAUUAUCAAAAAGAGUAUGGUUUUAUUAUGGCUCGAGUAAAAAUCACUAUUUGGCACGUUUUACAAUAAAGUAUUGUAAUUUGAUAUGUUAAUAAAUUCUUGCGUCUCUGUAAGGAUGACCAGUUUGGCAAAUUAUUAACCAUCUCCUAUGGUACUUGCAGAAACAGCUUAUUCAGUUUAUAUCGUACCAAUAAUUUGUCAUAGUAAAAGAAUUCAGCAAAAUUUAUAAGUAUAUGUACUGUGUCACCUCUCUUGAGCGAACACCACUGAAAAAAAUUUAAGUCACUAAACAUAAUAUAAUUUGAACGAAAAUUAUGUCACUGUAGAGAGGUGUUCACUUUUCAUAGGUAUUGUUAAAGAGAGGCUACACUGUGUUAUGUUGCACCAAAUUAUUCAUGCUUUGCAGUGCAAGCAUACUCGAUACCAAAGUACUAGAAAUUAGCAUUUGUUUCAGUGCAGCUGUACUCAUUCUGUGCAUAGUUCAUGAUGUACCUCUGUAGAAAGAUACUAGUCUUUGAGAUUCCCUCGAAAGACUCCCAUUAUAGCAUUUUUUCAUUGUAGUUGUUCCAAAUAAGGAACAUAUAGGGCAGUCAUGUUUCUAGUGACAUAUUCAGUCCAUCUUAAAAGAAUUAUGUUGUAGACACCUCAUUGACUAAAUGUCAUAGACUUCAAUAGGUCUUAAUAGCAGCCAUGGUUUUGGGUAACUCAGCCCCUUCUCAUUUAAAGAUUUCUGGGAAAAUUUUAUCUUUUUUGUCUCCUUGUACAUUUGUAGUAACUAAGGAAUGUAAAUUAUUUUAGGGGUCGGGAAUGUGGGAUUUUGGGUGGGUGGGGGGAGGGGAAGGGGUGGGGGAAUAAAGGGAAGGGAGUGAAGAGAUAUUAUCAGUAAAAAUCAAUUAAACAGUCCUCCUGUUUUGGUGUUAUAUAAUUGGGAAUUUUAGUAACAGUACAUAUCGUUUAUCCAAAAUUCAAUGCAAUAAAACACUUUUAUCUUCCCUCGAAAUGGAAAGCGAAGCACCUCCAAUGUUUGACCAGAAACAGUCAUUUUUGUCUGUGCCUUAUGAUACAGAUAAAAUACUACUGCAAAUUCAUUAAUAGUUGUGGGGGUAAUAUUUUUUAUGGAUUUCGUGACUGUGUUAAUCCUAAAAAUUAAAUUGCAAUGAACAGGCAAGCCUUCUAUUUAUUUUAUCUUGAUAUGUGGAAUUCCAAAUGUGAGUUAUAUCCUCAUGAAGUGGCUUUUCUGGGCAAAACCACAAGAUAUUUUGCAUGUGAAAUCACAGUAUAUUUUCACAUUUAUCGUGACUGUGUGUCCACUUCCAAAAUACUUACGAAUUGUAAACAAUUCAGAUGACAAUGUGUCAUUAGCAACAAAGGAGAAACUUUCCUUAGACUGGCUUUCAUAGGUGUUUACAAAGUGUGACAUUUUUAAUGUUUGUGGGGGACUUGAUUUCAUGGAUUUCUUGAGUAAAUACUUAAAUUUAAACCCCAGCAAAAAAAAAAUGAAAUCCUUACUCAUGUUAUACAUUGUAUUCAAAGUUUAAAAUCCACGAAUUGAUAUCCCUAUUAAAGUUACUCGCCCGUAGAGUAGGUGGAAUUUUUUAUUUCCACCAAGUUAAACAUAGAAUGUGUAUAUGACACUGAGAAAUGAUAAAAUAGGUGAAAAUGAAAGUUAGAUAUUAGUAAAAAUGUAAAAAGUAUGUUUCUGAAUUAUUUCAAAAGGGUUGCAAUGGUUUACUACCUUCUGCACAAUAUUGUUGGUUAUUUAUGUCUCCCACCACACAGUGGUGUGGGAGAUAUAUUGAUUUACUCCUGUCUGUGUGUCCGUCCGUCUGUCUGUGUGUCUGUCACAAAUCUUGUCGGCGCUUUAAGUCAAACAGUUCUCAUCCGAUCUUCACCAAACUUGAACAAAACGUGUUUAACCAUACGUCCUCGGCCAGGUUCGAUAACUAGCCAAAUCAGCCCAUGCACUUCGGAAUUGUGGCCCUUUAAAUAUUGUUUUAGAUAAUCUGAUUUGGAAUUGCAGUUGUGGGAGACAUGCACUUUUCUCAAAAGCAGCUCUAGUUUUAAGAAUAUCUUUCAAAAAAUGUAUGUCAAGUUUGUACAACUAGUCACUUUCAGAGUACUCACUUUUUAUGGAUUUUUGAGAUAGAUUAUUUUACACCUAAAAUGUGUGAGUUAGUCCCUUUAAAAAGUCUUUUUCCUGAAAACCAUGAAAUUUAGUGCCCACGAAAUUAAAUGAUUUUACAGUACAAGUUAGAGAGUUCCUUAAGGCAUGAUGGGAGAUGGUGCAUUCAUUAGGGUAGUUUCGACAUAUUUGUGGAAUAUAGAUAUAGUUUAUUUAUCAACACUUUUAGAAAAAUGUGUGAUGCUGGUAUCUUAGAAAAAUGUGUAAUUGAUUUUGAGGGAAAAUGUGAACGUGAUUUUGUGAAAAUGUGAAAAUUAGAAAUGGGGGAAAUUUGUAAAAAUGGUAUUGAAAAUGUGAAAGUCUUACUUUAAAAUGUGAAACUUGCAUUGGGAAAUAUAGAAGGACUGUAUUGAAAUGCCUGAAUUUAAUGUUGGGUAAUAAUUAUGUGAAAUAGACAGAUAUUUCGGAAAAAGGGAAAGUGAUAUUGGGUUUUAUUUGGUUUGGCAAAAUGUGAAAAUGGUUUUUGGAAAACAUGAAAUUGGUAUCAGGAAAAUGUGAUACUGUGCUGUGAAAAUAUCGGGAAAUAAUAUCCUGAUAAUGACAUGUGGGGAGACGAAGUAAGAAUGUAUUGAAAAUAUGUUAGUAUGAUUAGAGGACGAAUUUAUCUGAACUAGUCUCAUGAAAUUUAUUAAUAUACAAUCACUGUAAAUAAACAGUCAUCAUGUUUUAGUGUUUUCUUGCCUAAUAACAAUGUUUUCUGUUCAUAGAAGCUCAUUUGAUGUUUUAUGUAGUGAAGUUUAAAUUGAAAAUGGGCAUGAAUUUGUAUAUAAAAAUAUAUCAGUCAUUUAUGGU